AUGUCUGCUUUUUCGGAGAACCUGCGAUUCAGUAGGGAGGACCUCGAUUUCGGUUGGUCGAUCCGUUCCCUGCUUCAACCACAGUCCUUAACAUUGGCGGUAGAAUUUCCAGAUGACCUUCCCGAGAAGCUGGGGGAGGAACUCCGCCGGCUCGAGCAGUUGUUCACGGUCGACACGGCAAUGCUGAAGAAGAUUACCGACAGAUUCGGCGAAGAACUACAGGCAGGUAUGGAGGGCAAGGGCGAUAUUCCUAUGAACAUCACCUGGGUGACUUCCUCUCCGACGGGCCAUGAAACAGGCACGUACCUUACCAUCGACCUCGGUGGGACGAAUCUGCGGGUCUGCCUGAUCACUCUGACCGAUGAAAUGGGCGGACACAGCACGACACAGGAAAAGUACACGCUACCCAAGGACAUCAAGACCGGCACGGCGGACCAGCUGUUUGACCAUAUUGCCGACCAUCUCAGCGAGUUCCUGACAGAGCACGUCAAGGGUAACGAAGGCGCAUGCGACGACGGGAAGAUCCCGCUAGGCUUCACAUUCAGCUAUCCCGCCACGCAGGAGAGAAUCGACCACGGAAUCCUCCAGACGUGGACGAAAGGCUGGGACGUAAAGGACGUGGAGGGACACGACGUGACGGAGAUGUUGAACAGAGCCAUGGAGAAAAGGAACCUCCCCGUCAAGCUGAUCGCCCUGAUCAACGACACGACAGGCGCCCUCAUCGCAUCGGCAUACAACGACCCCGACACCGUCAUCGGCGCCAUCUUCGGCACAGGCUGCAACGCCGCAUACAUGGACCGCGUGUCGCAGAUUCCCAAAAUGGCGUCCCAAAAAACAGACCCCAAAACUUCCCCAAACGAGGACUCCCUCAUGGCCAUCAACUGCGAGUACGGCGCCUUUGACAACUCGCACACCGUCCUCCCACGGACGCGCUACGACGAACUCAUCGACGAGCAGAGCCCGCGACCAGGCGAACAGACGUUUGAAAAGAUGUCAGCAGGGCUCUAUCUGGGUGAACUCUUCCGACAAAUCCUCCUCGAAUUGCUCGCCAAGGGGGUCAUCUUUCAAGAUUGGUCAAAAUCGGAUUCAUCAGACUCGGACGCAAACAAGCAGAACCAGACCGGAACGCAGAGUCAAAAAGACGCCCUCUCAACGCCCUACGCCAUCGACACGGAAUUCCUCUCGACGGUCGAGAAUGACGCGACGCCAUCCCUCGAGGAGGCCAAAUCGGCCUUCCAGCGCGUCUUGGCCGGUCUUUCGCCCUCGGAUGCCGAGCUGCGGUUCUUCCGGGCCGUGGCGAAACUUAUCGCCAUCCGGGGCGCGAGGCUGUGCGCGUGUGGCGCGUCGGCGAUAUGUCGUCGCAUUGGCAGGCGCAAGGGGCACGUUGCCGCGGAUGGGAGCGUGGCUGUUAAGCAUCCCCGGUUCAAGGAGCGGUGGGAGUGCGCGGUGCGCGAGAUUCUUGAUAUGAAGAUGGGAGGGUUCGGCAGGGAAGGCGAGGGGAUCGAGUUGACGAGUGCAGAGGAUGGGAGCGGUGUCGGGGCCGCUGUCAUCUGUGCUUUGGCGAUGGGUAGGACGCGGGAGGAGACAGGGACGGCCGAAAAGUAA